AACAGUGGAAGACAAAACAGGGGGUCAAGGUGGAAAAGGUCAGGCUCAGAGCGGGCCGAGACAGGGGACCCUGCAACAACGGUUUGGGGCACGCGAGGCGGCAAGUUUAUCCUGUGGACCUCGGCUGGCGGCAUCGGCGUCGGAUGCUCCCCGCAGCAGGAGGCCGGGUGACACCUUGGCGGGCAGCUACGGACGGCGAGCCCUGGGAAAUAUAUAGCUUGGAUCCGGCAUCUCAAGCCCAGAUUGACCGACAUUAAAGGAUCCAAUUGAGUCUGCCACUUCUUCCCCAACCUUCUCCAACCCCAUCCAAACACCCAUAACCACCGUAUCAACCGUGAUCAUGUCCGGACCUGGUGUUGGUUUCGAGUUUCCGCCGCAGGAGGUCAGCUGGACCAAGCGGGAUGCCCUCCUCUUUGCCAACUCGAUUGGCGCCACCGUCGACGAGCUUCACUUCCUCUACGAACUCGACCCCAACUUCUCCGUCUUCCCUACCUACCCCGUCAUCCUCACCUUCAAGGGCACAGCACAGGAUGUAGUCGACUUCUACUCGGCCCAAAAGGCCGUCCCCAUCCCGGGCGUACCCGUGUUCGACCCCACCCGCGUCGUCGACGGCCAACGGCUACUCCAGUCCUUCAAGCCGCUCCCGGCGUCGUCAGCCGGCAAGAAAUUCGAGAUCCGCGCCAAGGUGCUGGGCGUGUACGACAAGGGCCGCCCGGGGACGGUAGUAGACACGCAGUCGGACCUGGUGGAGGCGUCGUCGGGGGAAGUGUACACGCGGGUGAUCUCGUCGUCCUUCUACGUGGCGCAGGGCAACUGGGGCGGGCCCAAGGGCCCCGCGACGGUCAACUUCCCGGCGCCCAAGGAGCGCAAGCCGGACGCGGUGUUCGAGAAGCAGACGACGGCGGAGACGCCGCUGCUGUACCGGCUCAACGGCGACUACAACCCGCUGCACGCGCACCCGGCGCCCGGCCAGAAGAUGGGCUUCGGCGGCGUCAUCAUCCACGGCCUCUACUCGUGGAACUGGGCCGCCCACGGCCUGCUGCAGCACCUCGGCGCCAGCGACCCGGCCAACAUGAAGGAGUACCAGGCCCGCUUCGCCAGCCCCGUGCGCCCGGGCGACAAGCUGGUCACGUCGGCCUGGCGCACGGGCGAGAAGCAGGGCGAGUGGGAGGAGGUUCGCUUUGAGGUCAAGAUUGAGGGCGGCAAGGUCUGCCUGAGCAACGGUCGCGCCCUGAUGAAGUGCGUUGCGCCUACCAAGGGGAAGCUGUAAAUAUGGUGGUUUUUGAAUGAGGCUGUAGAAAUAUUGUUAAAUUUUGUUAUUGAUGUUGAGGGUGGUGA